UUCAUGAGUAAUGUGUUAUCCAGAAUUGGAGCAGCAUGGGCAGGAAAUGAGCAGAAAACCAUUUCCUCACGAUAUGAUAGUGCUAGAGUUGCAGAGCCACCAGCCGUACCUCGUCCUCUCCCUGAGGCAGAGUUGCGCAGUGCGGUUGUUGGGACACUGGUCACAAGAUUUUCACAAAAAUCUUCCAGGUUGCUGGGUUUGGUGGAUCGUCCUGUCCCUUCAUGUUCUGCAGCACAGGGUGGUAGCUGGCAGUCACCAUUGUUACAAAAGAAUUCUUCAAGAGCACCAGAGUUCAAUUUGCUACAGACUCCUCUUGUGGUUAAGAAAGCUGAAGUUUUGGCCACAUCUGCUUCUGGUUUUCCCGGCUUUACUCCUCGGUCUAUCCUCAGAUCCAGCGUUCGCAGCACACCCCAGGCAACUCCCUCUGCGUUUCCAGGAGAAUCAGUUACUCCUCCUCCCAGAGCAAACAAACACAGAGUGUCUUUCAAGGAAGGGAACUCAGAUGAGAAAUGGACUGUUGGGGUAAGCUGGGCUGUAGUUAGUGGAUUUUACAGUCAAAGGCUUUCUAGUCUGUUAUUUGGUUUAGAAUUUUGGACAGUUUGCCAGAACUCCUUAUAUUGAGACCUGGACCUGCGAUCAAGAAUGGCAGGCUUGAAUUUGGUCCAAAAAGGUUCCGCUAGACCUUCUGUAACAUCACCCGUCGGCAGGCAGAUAUUCAAAAUGCAUGUCGGUGUCCUUGGCGGUUUCGCUCAAGCGUUGUUAGGAGCUGUGGUUGUUCCAAAUUGCUAGCUCAGCUUCCCGCGAUGCCUUUUCAAGCGGUGGUAUGGCAGGAAGGUGAGGAAUACAGCUCGAGCCAUUGUUUGGGCUUGUUAAGGUUUGUGCAUCUGAAAGCAGCAGAAGUCAUGAGCUGCAUUUACUUUUGAUCUCUCUUUCUGCGAGGCUGAGUUUGCUUAACUUACGGUAAAAACAGACUCGGGAUGAAGAGAGCUGGUCUGUCGCCUGUUCUCUAGCCCCAAAGUUCUGGGGUUUGCUUCUUGCCUCGCACCGGGCGUAGCAUUCAUACUGCUGUCAAACGAAGUUGGUCCACCUGCUAGUUGCCCCCUUCUACUCGGCCUUUGGUCCCGUCGGUUGGAUUCCCUGACCCAGCUCGUUAGGCAGUUGCGGAAGGACCGUGCCAAGACCAGGGGCAGAACAGGGCCGUGUGCUCGUGUCUACAUGUCGGAGCUCUCCGCAGGGUACAAACAAGUUGUCAGGAUCUGGUUUUGUUACACCUCUUACUGCCUGUUGUAAGGGGUUCCUCAAAGGUAACAAGAGGCGUAUCGGAAUAAGGUUCUGCUGAGUGCCAGAACUGUUUUAACUGACAGUUGUCGGUUCUGUUACUGAUCUAGUCUGCCUUCCACUUUGCUAAAAUUACCGGGUGAAGUUGGCGUGUGCUGAUGGGUAGAACUUGCUGCUGUUCUGUGCAGUGCACUCGCUGUAAUUAGUUAACUGCUUUACGCUUUUUAUUCAUCGGAAUGAUCGCCAUCCUCGCUUCAGAGAGGGGGCAUGUGCCAGAAAGUCUGAAUUACGCCCAUAUCGGAAGAUCCUUCCUAGAGUUCAAAGGCAGCUGGCUGCAGAGAGAGCCAGGCCUUACCAUUUGCCUUCGUCGGCCUUAAGAGGAGGUAAUUUUUAGCGCGGGGAAUACAGCGGUCAAGAAACGCUCACUUUGAUAACACAA